AUGGCAAAUGCUGAGACUCUCAGCUUCCAGGACCUCCUGUUAAAACUGGCAGCUGCCCACGAUCGAGAGGUUGCAAAUGCCAAGGAAGGGCAAGAGGAGGAAAAGUCGAAGCUCCAGAGAAAAAUCGAGGAGCUUCGGCAAGCAGCUGGCUCCGCAAAGAACGAGGUCAGAAAAGAAAACUCAGAGUUAUCCGAAGCUGAAGACAUCGACACCGGGCUGGUUCACGUGAAAUCGGCAUCCAAAGGAUCCGGUGGAGUGGUGAAGCAGCCCCGAAUGAGUCAGAGCUCGUUGGCUUCUGGGGGGUCGCCGAUGCGGCUGUCUUUGCGGAACUUUUCAGAGCAGGAUGGCGAGGUGGGCACCACACCAAGCCCUAGGGCGUCUGGAUCGGGCAUGCUAUUCGGGAUGGUGCCGUCAAGCCCAAGUGCGCCCAGAGCAUCCAGUUCUAGCAGAAAGGUGGCACCUGCCCCUGCUGCUGGACAGGCUGCAUCAAGGGGUCGCAGGAACAGUGCGAUGCUGGUUCCCGGAGUUCCGGCACCGAAAACUCCCGACCCGAAAAAACCCUCUUUCGGAGCCCCUUCAUUGGGUGCUCAAACCCCGCCAUUCACCCCACGGUCCUCCAACGGAGCUCAGCAGAGCCCCCAGCAGAGCAGAGCGCGAAGAGGCGCUACCGUCGGCCUGGGUGGGUUCACCGGUGAGGAAGUUAAGCUGCUGCCCGUCUGGAGCAAGUCCACUCAGGGACUGGCUGCCCGGGUCAACGUUAGAUCUGCAAACGCUGGCAUGAAGGAUGCGGAGGGAAACCCGAUUCCUGGCGAUUGCACCAGCCCAGAAAAGAAGGGAACGAGCAGUUGCAGACGAUGUAUGCGAUAUACGCAUGCACUUCUCUCAAGCUUUGUCUCGGACCCGAGCUCUCCACGACGGAUUACGUGGGAAGUAUUUGGGCUAUUGCUCAUCAUUUAUGACCUGAUCUGGCUGCCCAUGCAAGUCUUCGACCCAACAGAUUCACAAUUCACCGUGGCGACCGGCGUGUUGUCCUCCAUUUACUGGACCUUUGACAUCCCGCUGUCAUUCCUGGUUGGCUUUGCUAUCCAAGACCAAGGCGUUAUUGAGAAGGAUUUGCAGAAGAUCGCAUGGAACUACUGCACGGGCUGGCUGUCGCUAGAUCUUGCUAUCGUGACGAUUGACUGGGUGAUCAACUUUCUGGACUGGACGAGCAGCUCCUCGGUCAGUGCUGGAGAAGGUAUUUCCUUCUUCCGAAUCGGAAAGGCGGUUCGUUUCCUGCGCUUGCUUCGCCUGCUGCGCCUCCUGAGAGCGCAUGGACGAUUGAAUGAGCUGCUGGAGCACGUGCAGUCUGAGGUCUCCGUGAUUUUUAUCAGUGUUGCGCGAUUGAUAGCCUUUAUCAUGCUGCUGAACCAUAUGGUUGCCUGUGCUUGGUUUUGGAUCGGGCAACUGAACAGACCGGAUACGUGGCUCCUUCAAGCAGAUUCAGAUAUUCUCGUGGCACCCAUGGCCUACCAGUAUUUUACGGCAUUGCACUGGUCACUGACGCAGUUCACUCCAGCUUCGAUGGAGGUCGUUCCCAAAAAUGAGAUCGAGCGUCUCUUCAAUGUCGUAGUCAUCAUCUCAGCCAUGGUCAUAUUCUCCACAUUCAUCUCCGCCAUCACCAAUGCCAUGAACCAGCUGCGAAAUUUGAACAGCGUGAGCGGAAUGAGCAAGCAGCUCUUCUUCGUCGCUACAUGCAGCAGUCUCUGCACCAGUGAAAGCUCGGGUGUGGCGGUCACACUGCUCCGCUUAAUGCCGCUAAGUCUGCGGCAUGAUCUGAGCCAGGAAAUUUACUCCGCACAAUUUCAACAUCCAUUUUUCGUUGUGUGUGAAACGUGCUUCUUAGAUCAAACGCGCAAGAUCUACAGCACUGCGCUGACCGAGAAAUACCUUAGCACUACGCAAGAGCUGAUCACUCGGGGAGAGAACGCUACGCACAUGCAUUUCUUGAAUAGUCGCGUGCCGGAGUCACUGCUGGAGUAUUAUGAAGCCAAUGCCCAAGAGCCCACACUCAAACUGACUGCCGGUGCCUGGCUGUGCGAGGCGGCCCUCUGGGUGAAGUGGACGCACAAGGGCACGGCGAAGACCAACGAGAGCUCCGGAUGCGAAGUCAUCUCCGUAGACGCAGGAGUUUUUCAGAGCAUUCUCAAGGAUGAUGCGCCAGUGCGAGAGUAUGCCAAGAUGUUCCGCGACUACUUUGCGCAGCAUCCGGACUCCCUUUCAGAUGUUUGGCCACAGAUGCCGCAGAACGAGGAGGAAGGGGCGGAAGAGGCAGCAAGACAAGCCUUGUUCUCCUGGGCCGUGACAGCGUUGGGGCAGGCCCACGGCGCCUGCAAAUUCGAACGUAUUCAGCACAUCGCAGAAUCGCUGACUGAUCUUGAUGUUGCUCUGAAGGCUGAAGGAGUCGUCGACAGUAAGAUCGAACUUGCUGAAGAUUCGUCGAACUUUGCCAGAUUUGUGGCGGAGAGCAGAAGAAGAAGCACCGGCAAAAUUGACAUGUUGAAGCAUGGGCAAAACGGGAGUGACUUUUCGGCGUGGGGGAGUGACCCGUCGGGGCUGCAGACAAACCAACUCCUUGCUCUGCAGCAGAUUUCCUACGAGGGACCGCUGGCUUCUCCAGAAGAGGGUGAUGAAGACAGCAGCAGCAGCAGCAGCAGCGGAAGCGGCUUAACCGACAGUGACCCCUCUUAG